AUGCUUUGUCCUUUCUGUGGCACUUCCAUCGCUUCAUUUCCAGGUUAUUCCGAAAUCCAGCUGGAUCCAUACUUUGGUCUCGCCAACUCCCCCAAGCUUCAAGAACAAAUGUGUCGACACGUGAUUUCGUGUGCAUUGACUCUUGCAAAUUCUAAUCAUUGGGAUGUUUCGGAUCUUCUUCCAAAGCCAACCUAUAAUAUUUUCACGUUGCCAGAGCUGAACAACCAACAUGCGGAUGAAGAUCCCGAAGAUGAAGAUUUUGUCAUGAAUGAUGAUGAGGAAAUGAGUGAUGAUGAAGAGCCCAUUACCGAAGAAGAACUCUCACAUCUUCAGCAAGAUGAGGCUCAUGUGUCGCAAUUAGAACAAAGAGGAAGGAAGAUCAUCACAAGCAAUAACAACAACAGCACACAGACGGACUCCAAUCACCAUGUCAACGACGCUGAGCAAAAUUCCAAAACAACACAACGAACGGAAGAACCUCUCUUUGAUCUUUCCAUUCAAUUCAAAUUCAUGAACGGAUUGGAAUUGAAUGGCGAGUUCAAUAGCCAGAGUGAUACACUUAAAACUCUGGUGGAAUGGGUCAGUCUGAAAUCGCAAAUUGCAUCCAACUGUCUCAAAUUCAGACACCACACGACUUGGUUAGAAGGAGACUUGAAUACUACCAACACCACCACUUUGGAACACCUCUUUUCAUUGGUACUACCCGAGUCAGAGACUGAAACCCAGAAUCAAAAUCCUCGUCAGAAGAAGAAGACAAAACUUGUCCUCUUCGUGGCUGUAAGAAAAACUCUCUAA